UACACCGAGCCUCUGUGGACGGGUUGGAAGCCGCCGAGCCACAUCCGAGGCAUGAGCGAGGAGGAGCGGGCGGAGAUCCGAAAGGCGUGGCACAUCCUGGUGGACGGCGAGGGCGUGCCGCCGCCCAUCAAGAGCUUCAAAGACAUGCGCCUGCCCGAGCCCUGCCUGCGCGUGCUUAAGAAGAAAGGCAUCCUGCGCCCCACGCCCAUCCAGGUGCAGGGCAUGCCGGCAGUGCUGGAAGGGAGGGACAUCAUCGGCAUUGCUUUCACUGGAUCUGGGAAAACUCUCGUCUUUGCGCUGCCGAUGGUGCUCAAUGCUCUACAGGAGGAGGUGCGCAUGCCUCUGGUGGCAGGUGAGGGCCCCACGGGGCUCAUCGUGUGCCCCUCCAGGGAGCUCGCCCGGCAGACGUACGAUGUGGUGAACGAGUUUGCUGAUGCUCUCAGGAACGACCGCAGAGAGCGGUACCCAGAGCUGCGCAGCAUGCUGUGCAUAGGGGGCAUUGACAUGCGGCAGCAGCUGGAGGUGGUCAAACGCGGAGUGCACAUGGUGGUCGCCACGCCCGGUCGGCUAAAAGACUUGCUAAACAAAAAGCGCAUGAACCUGGACAUAUGCAAGUACCUGUGCUUGGAUGAAGCCGACAGGCUCAUUGACUUGGGUUUCGAGGAUGAUAUCAGAGAGGUUUUCGACCACUUUAAAGCCCAGCGCCAGACGCUGCUGUUUUCCGCCACCAUGCCCAAGAAAAUCCAGGCGUUUGCGAAAAGUGCCCUGGUGAAGCCGGUUAUGGUUAAUGUGGGGCGUGCAGGUGCAGCGAAUCUGGACGUGAUUCAGGAGGUGGAGUAUGUGAAGCAGGAGGCCAAGAUCGUGUACCUCCUCGAAUGCCUCCAAAAAACGCCGCCUCCGGUUCUGAUUUUCUGCGAGAACAAAGCCGACGUGGACGACAUUCACGAGUACCUGCUGCUCAAGGGAGUGGAGGCGGUGGCGGUGCACGGAGGGAAGGACCAGGAGGAGCGCGAGGCGGCAAUCGCGGCGUUCAAGGCCGGGAGGAAGGAUGUGCUGGUGGCGACUGAUGUGGCGUCCAAGGGGCUGGACUUCCCGGACAUUCAGCACGUGGUGAACUAUGACAUGCCCGCUGAGAUUGAGAACUAUGUUCACCGCAUCGGCCGCACGGGGCGCUGCGGGAAGACGGGGAUUGCCACCACGUUCAUCAACAAGAACCAGAGCGAGACGAUUCUGCUGGAUCUGAAGCAUCUGCUGCGGGAGGCGAAGCAGCGCAUCCCCCCCGUGCUGGCCUCCCUGGACGACCCCAUGGAGGACGCAGAGGCUCUCGCCGCCGCCUCUGGUGUGCGCGGGUGUGCCUUCUGUGGCGGCCUUGGCCAUCGCAUCAGCGAGUGCCCCAAGCUCGAGCACCAGAAGACUCAGGCCAUCUCUGGGAAUCACAAGGACUACUUGGGGUCGGGAGGGUAUGGAGGGGAGAUAUCAGAAUACCCAUGGGUUAGAGUAGAAUUCCCUGCUAUUUUAGCCAAUCAGAGAAGGUUAACCUUGUGCGCGAUAGAUGAGCGCGAUUGGUCGACUAAUGGCGGUCGGAGCGGCGGAGGGCAGCGGAGGAGGCCGUCCGUUGUGUGGGAAACGGGGGAGGGAACCGGUGCGGAGGGGCGGAAUGCGGUGGGGGAGGGACGGAAUGCUCUAUGGGAGGGGUGGGGUUCACCGGGGGAGGGGCGGAAUGCGCCAGGGGAGGGGCGGAAAUGGACCGCGCGGGAGGGGGAAAGAAGGGGUGGAGCGAAUGCAGUGAGAGGCGCAGUUUGGCGCAGAGGCGCAGUGGAGACGCGGGAGGCGGCGGGGGGAAGAGAGGCGGCAGGGGGUAGGGGGGCGGGAGGGGGGAGAGAGGCGGGAGGGGAAAAGGAGGCAGCAGAGAGAAGAGGAGAUGAAGAGGGGCAGACGGGAACGAGUGAAAGCAGGGUAGCUGCAUGGGCAAGGGGAGAAGAGGGGAGAGGAGGGGGAGGGGCGCAAGGAAUGAGCAGCGACAGCAGAGACGAGAGAGUGAGGCAGCGGAGCAGGGCAGACGGGUGGGUGGGGCCAUCUUGGGAGAAGAGAGGGAAUGGGGAGUCGAGAGCAACGGGGCCAGAGGGGAGAGUUGGGGGAGGAGGGAGAGGGACUCAACGGGCGAGCAGCAGCAGUCACAGCAGCAGGGUAGACGCGUGGGUGCCUCCCUCUUGGGAAAAGAGAGGGAAUGGGAAUUUGAGAACAAGGGGAGCUGAGGGGGGAGGAGGGGUUGGGGCGGAAAGGACGAGCAGCAGUCACAGCAGCAGGGUAGACGCGUGGGUGGCUCCCUCUUGGGAAAAGAGAGGGAAUGGGAAUUUGAGAACAAGGGGAGCUGAGGUGGGAGGAGGGGUUGGGGCGGAAAGGACGAGCAGUAGUCGCAGCAGCAGGGUAGACGCGUGGGUGGCUCCUUCCUGGGAGAAGAGAGGGAAACGAGCAUGGUGGAUGGAAGGCGAGGAUGGGGGGAGUGGAGGAGAGGGGGGGAGUGGAGGGGAUGGGGGGAGUGGAGGGGAUGGGGGGAGUGGAGGGGAUGGGGGGAGUGGAGGGGAUGGGGGGAGUGGAACGGACGGGAGUACUGCAAGGGACGGGGGUAUGAGAGGGACUGAGGUGGAAGUUGAGAGUAGGGCGGGAUGGUUAGAGAGGGAUGGAGAAGGCAUGGAAGGGGAAGGAGUAGGAGUAGAGAGAGUGAGAGGAGAAGGGGUUUUUCCAUGGCAGGACGCUGUAUCAUCAGCCACAGCAGCAGCUGCAGCUGCAGCAGGUGCUGGUGGGUCUUCCAGUGGUGCUGUGGUUGCUGAUACAGCCGUGGUAAGUGCCAGUGGAUUACUGAACGAGCAGUCGCACUCACCAUCCACAGCAGCAGUCGGGGGUUCUACCGAUGGUGCGCCCACAGCAGCAUUUCACGAGCAAUCACAGUUCCCUGACCGACCAGCGGCAGUAGCAGCAGGAGCGGCAGCAGCAGCAGGAGCAGCAGGAGCAGCAGCAGGAGCAGGAGCAGCAGCAGCAGCAGGAGCAGCAGCCGCAAAACAAGUGGUGGUGGCUGCGAGUGUUGGUGAUCAACCCACACGAGCACGAGUGGCAUAUCCACCAUUCGACACAGAAGAGCCAGACGCAGCAGAAUCACACGCAGGAGAGCAAGCCGAAUCACGAGCAGCAAUGGUAGCAUCGGCACUGAACACAGCAGAGUCACAUGCAGCAGAUCGUGCUGAGAGCCCGACUCCUUCCCCUGGCAGGGCUUCAAAGGGCGGCGGGCUGGGAGGGCAGUCACGCACACAGGAGCAGCAGUGGCCAUGGGAUGAGGAGGAGGGGGAUAUCCCAUGCGCAGGGAUUACCAGUGUUGCUGAUGACGAUGGUGAUGGUGGUGUUGGUGGUGUUGGUGGUGGUGGUGAUGGUGUUUCCAGUGUGACCCGGAGCAGAGCAGCAGCGGCGGCCACUGACAGUAGCAGCACCAGGAAGAGCGGCAGGAAGAACACUUCUUUCACCAGGGAUGGCAGCAGCAGCAGUAAGAAUGCCCCUCUGGAGUCUGCUAGAAUACCCAGGCUGGAAUUUUCAGGAAACGGUAUACCCUCCUUGCCGUCUCAAAGCAGCAGCAGGAGCGGUAGAAGCAGCAACAGCGGAAGCAGCCUGGAAGUUUCCCGGGACAGCCCCGUGGCGCUCGCGCUGCAGGAGAGGCGCAAGGUGGUGCGGGCGGCGCUGAUGUCAGCGUUUGAGGAGGUGAAGCUGGGGAAGGUGUAUUCCAGGGAGCUUAUGAGGCACCUCCCUGCCUAUAUCGACCAGCUCGUGCUCCAGGUGAGGCUUCAGGUGCCUUUUCAGGCUGUAGCCCUCAAGUCCGAUCCGCACUACACCUUCCACUCCUUCCCCCACCGCGCGGCCAUCGCAGUGCACCGCUCUGCACCGAACCUGCUCGCGCGGUGGCUGAAGCAGACGGCCAAGCAGAGCUUCGCCCGCACUGCCGCCCUCAUCACUCUCGCUGCCGCCAUGCAUGCUGAUUCCACUGAUGCUGCUGCUGAUGCUGUUUCUGCUGUGGGGGGAAAUGCCCUUGCCAGACGAGAUGGGCCGCGUGAGGGGGAGGAGCAGGAGCGGCGGAGUGGUGUGGUGUGGGUGCGGGAUUACAUCGAGUGGUUGCACCGAGCAGGGGUGAAGCAUGAUGUGGUGGGCCGCAUCGUUGUCCGCAACCCUGCCAUCCUUGCCACACCGAUCCACGACCUUCAGGUGGGUAGCCCGCACGAGCGGGCAUGGGAGCGGUUGCACCGAUUAGGCGUGAAGCAUGAUGUGUGGUUGCACCGGGCAGGCAUGAAGCAUGAUGUGGUGGGCCGCAUUGUCGUGCGCAACCCUGCCAUCCUCGCCACGCCCAUUCAUGACCUUCAGUGGGUGAGGGAUGACAUCAAAUGGUUGCACCGAGCAGGCGUGAAGCAUGAUGUGGUGGGCCGCAUUGCCGUGCGCAACCCUCCUUGCUGCACCCAUCCACCAGCUUCAGGCGUGCGGAGGGAGUGGGUAGGAGUGGUGCUCAGCAAGGCGCCAGGCGUGCUGGUGGAAUCUCUUACGGUUUUCUCCUCGCUUACCCAUUUCCCCCCUUCCCUCUCCCGUGUACCUUCCGCCAUGCCUUUCAUCGGGUAUCUCCCUCCUCUCUUCCCCUUGCUCCAGGUCCGAGUAGACUACCUGGUCGACCAAGUGGGCGUGCGGAGGGAGUGGGUAGGAGUGGUGCUCAGCAAGGCGCCAGGCGUGCUGGUGGAUCCAUUUGAGAAGCUUCUAGGAAAGGGGCGGCUGCUGCAUGCUAUGCUUGAGCCGCUGGCAGCGCAGCAGCGGGAGCAGUGGGAGGAGCGGGAGAGGGAGAGGAGGGUGAGAGAGGCGGAAUGGGAGGAGGAGGCAAGGCUGAGGGAGUGGAGGGAGGAGAGGGAGGAAAGCGAGGAGAGGGAGGGAAGGGAAGGAGAGGCAAUGGCAACAACCACAAUCCCAGCAGCAGGAGCAGCUGCAGCAGCAGACAGAAGAGCAGCAGCAGACAGAAGAGCAGCAGCAGAUGCAAGUUCAGCAUCACAGAAAAGAGCAGCAGGUGGAGAAUCAGAGUCGCUGGUUCUAUCUCUCCCCCCCCUCGCCUCUCGAGACAUCCCUGCAGCUCUCCGCCUGCCAGACUCCUUCCAGCACCACCCGUUGCCGAAAAGCGUGUGGGAGCUUGCCGGCACAGUGGUGUACAACCACCCUCACGUGAUGAGCGACGAGGAUUUACCGAUGGAGGCACUUGAGGCAAAGCUCGCAUUCUUCGAAUCGCUCCACAUCAGGGGAGUGGGCCUCGCUAAAGUCAUCGUGCGCCGCCCGCAGUUGCUGAGCAGCUCGCUGGACGCCACGUGGCAGCUGCUGAUUCGCUACCUCUCGCUGCUGGGGCUCACCAACACGCAGAUCGGGGAAAUGGUGGUGCGCCACCCAAAGGUGCUGCAGCUCACCGUGCAGGCGGAUGUCUCUCCUAAGGUAUGGGUGAGGUAUAGGAGAGAUGGUGAGAUGGUGGUGCGCCACCCAAAGGUGCUGCAGCUUACAGUGCAGGCAGACGUGUCUCCCAAGAUCGGGGAGAUGGUGGUGCGCCACCCGAAGGUGCUGCAGCUUACAGUGCAAGCGGACGUGUCUCCCAAGAUCCGGGAGAUGGUGGUGCGCCACCCAAAAUUGCUGCAGCUUACAGUGCAGGCGGAUGUGUCUUCUAAGGUUCGCUUCCUCCGGCUGAUCGGGAUUCCCGAGGCAGAUGUAGCGGGAGUUCUGCACCGCUUUCCACCCAUCCUCACCUACAGCCUCGACAAGAAGAUAAGACCACUGGUUCGGUUCCUCGUCACCGAAGCAGGAGUCCCGGACCACGAGGUUUGGAAGGUCGUGGUGGCUCGGCCGGACUUGGUGGCGUGCCAUCUGGACGACAGGCUUCGUCCGCUAGUGCGCUUUCUGCUAUCCAUGGGCGUAGUGAGGGAAGAUGUGGGGAGCAUGGUGGUGCAGUUCCCCCCUCUGCUCAAGUACAAUCCGGCUAUUCUCAAGCCCAAGUGGCGGUAUUUUCAGAGGACCAUGCGGUUGACUGUCGACCAUCUAGUGGCUUUCCCACGAUUCUUCAGCUAUGCCCUGGACACGCGCAUUGCUCCAAGGCACCGCCUGCUGCAGCAGCAAGGGCUGUCCUUCAGCCUGAGACACACGCUGUGCUGCUCCGAUGAGCUGUUCUUAGAGCGGCUAUUCUUGGAAAGAGUGAAGUGGGCGCUGGAGGGGAGAGGAGAGGAGAGUGGGGAGGAGACUGAGAUGGGUGAAGAGGACGAAGAAAAAAGGGAUGAAUCAGAGGAAGGAGAGGGGGGGGAGAGAGGUGGAGAAAGAGAGCAGGCUCAGGUGAAGUGGGCGCUGGAUGGGAGGGGGGAGGGCAGUGGAGAGGACGGGAGAGGAGAGGACAGUGAGGUGGGUAGGGAGGAGGAAGUGGGGGAGGAAGCAGAGGAUGGUGAGGAGGACGAGGGAGGGGGAGAGGAAGCAGAGGUGGCGCAGAAGAGAGAAGGGUUGGUGUGGUUACCGUAA